AUGGACACAUUGAAGUUCCCGGUGGUUCAUAGAAAAGAUAUAGGUUCCUCAUCUGGACGGGUUAAGAAAAAAUGGCACAGUCGAGAGGAGCGAAGAAUUGACAGGGAAUAUGAUGUUGUUCUUGUGCCAUCAGAUGGUGGAUGUCUUUCGGGGUCUGAUUCUGAUGGUUCAGAUUGGUCAGUUGGAUGGUUGGAGCCCCAUGGCCCUGGCUUCCAAAGUGGUGAUAAUUUUGAUGAUAGUUUUGCUGUGUUGGUUCCUUGCUAUGGUCACGGUCAAAAGGAUCUGGUAGAUAACUCUAAGGAAGUGUUUAUAGGCACAAUUGGGAACAUCUCAGAUAUACAUGCUGCUGAGAACAAGAAGUAUAUGGAGCAGUGGGUCUCUACUCUUCAGAACAGCUGA